ACCAACAACCCAAAGAUACACUCUUUAUUUCAUAAUUAAUAUUCAACAGUACACAUAAAUACACACACAUAUACAUACACAUACAUACAUACAUACAUAUAUACAUACAUAUAUACACCCCCCCUCCCUCACCAAUUCCCACUAACCCCAUCUUUUCUCUCGUCUCUUAACUCCUCCACACUGGUUUCAUUUUUUAUUUAAAAAAAAAGAAAAAAGAAAAUAAAAUUGCAAGGAUAGAACAAAAAGAAGAGCUGUUUGUUUUCUUGUUUGUUUGAAGAAGUUAAGGAAGGAAGAAGAUGUUUGCAGCAGAGAAUGGGUUGAAGGGUGACCCAAGAUUGAAGGCCAUUUCUGAUGCCAUUACUGUUGUCCCCAAUUUUCCCAAGCCAGGUAUUAUGUUUCAAGAUAUUACAACCCUUGUCUCCAAUCACAAGGUCUUCAAGCAUACUGUUGAUAUCUUUGUCGAGAGAUACAGAGACAUGGGUAUCUCUGUUGUUGCUGGUGUUGAAGCAAGAGGCUUUAUAUUUGCAUCUCCAAUUGCAUUGGCUAUUGGUGCUAAGUUUGUCCCUCUCCGGAAACCUGGGAAACUUCCGGGCCAAGUUAUCUCCGAAGCCUAUGAUCUCGAAUACGGCAGCGAUUGUUUGGCAAUGCACGUUGGCGCCGUCGAACAGGGCGAACGUGCGAUCAUAAUCGACGAUUUAGUGGCAACGGGAGGGACAUUGUCGGCCAGCAUGAGGCUUUUGGAGCGUGUUGGCGCCGAGGUCGUCGAGUGCGCUUGUGUCAUCGGAGUGCCCGAAGUUAAGGAACGAGGAUUGUUGGAUGGAAAACCGCUGUACGUUCUAGUGGAACCUCGUCAAUAGAUUGUCGGAGAGCUGGCGCCGGGUUGUUGCAAUAACAUUUUUCUGAAUGGGUUGUUGAGGAGACGACGUCGACGAUGCUGUCUUGGCCUCGGCCCACAUUGCUGGAAAAACAGAGCUUUUUUGCGCCGGGUGUUUUAUGUGAUCACUCGCUCGGUUGAUAGCAUUGUCUUUUCCGUUGCAAAUAAUUUUCGGGAUAUUGUAACGUACUGUGUCGUACCAUUUUUAUUUUUAUUUAUUUUUUUCAUUUUAAUUAUGAAUGAGAAAAUUUUUUCCCUCCUUUGUAUUCAAUUUGUAUCUUCUUCUUCGUUCUUAUUGUCGACAUGGUGGAUGGAGAAUGGAUUUGUGUUACUUUGA